AUUCUAUACAUACAUCCAAAGACGUUUCUCAGUUGUAUACUUGUAUCUCAGUAUCCUCACACAUUCAACUCCACUUAAAUCAUUCUUCAUUUCUUCCGUUGAACACUAGUAUUAUACUCUGAAUAGCAACCUAUACAUACAAUAUACACACACCCAAAAUGUCCCGACUUGCUCAUCUCAAGCGAUCACUAAAACCCUUUUUUCAAAACCCUAGAUUGCACUUCACAAAACCCCCAAUUUUCAGCAACCCCACCUCAGAAAUUCCUCAUUUCUUAAACCCUAGAAACCCUUUUGUUUCCCGUGGAUUCUCAACAACCCCACCUCUUUCUUCCCCUUCUUCGAGCUCUUCUGAUGCAGAGAUUCGUAAAUACAUUGGCUAUGCGGCACUGUUACUCUCUUGUGCUGCAGCUACAUACUAUUCUUUCCCGUUCCCUGAGAAUGCCAAGCACAAGAAGGCCCAGAUGUUUAGGUACGCUCCGUUGCCUGAUGAUUUGCAUACUGUGUCUAAUUGGAGUGGGACCCACGAGGUGCAUACGCGGAAUUUUGUGCAGCCUGAGAGUGUGAAAGAGUUGGAGAGUGUGGUGAGGGUGGCUAGUGAGAAGAAGCAGAAGAUUAGGCCGGUGGGGUCGGGGUUGUCGCCGAAUGGGAUCGGGUUGACUAGAGCGGGGAUGGUGAAUUUGGCGUUGUUGGAUAAGGUUUUGGAGGUGGAUAAGGAGAGGAAGAUUGUGAGGGUUCAGGCGGGGAUUCGGGUGCAGGAGCUCGUCGAUGGGAUUAAGGAGUUCGGGAUUACUUUGCAGAAUUUUGCGUCCAUUAGGGAACAGCAGAUUGGUGGCAUUGUUCAGGUUGGUGCACAUGGCACUGGAGCAAGGUUGCCUCCCAUUGAUGAGCAGGUUAUUAGCAUGAAGUUGGUUACACCUGGUAAAGGAACUAUAGAGGUUUCAAGAGAGAAAGAUCCCGAGCUUUUUUAUCUAGCUCGGUGUGGACUUGGGGGCCUUGGUGUCGUUUCAGAAGUCACUCUGCAGUGUGUUGAGAGGCAGGAACUUGUUGAGCAUACCUAUGUCUCAAAUAUUAAAGAUAUAAAGAAAAACCACAAGAAAUUGCUGUCUGACAACAAGCAUGUGAAGUAUCUCUACAUACCAUAUACUGACACGGUUGUCGUUGUGAGGUGUAAUCCCGUAUCAAAGUGGAAAGGUGCACCAAAUUUUAAACCAAAAUAUAGCAAGGAUGAAGCCAUGAAGCAAAUUCGUGAUCUUUACCAUGAGUCAAUUAAGAAGUACAGAGGUGAAGAACAAGAAAUUAGUGAGUUUACAUUUACAGAGUUGAGAGAUAAGUUACUUGCACUGGAUCCUCUGAACAAAGACCAUGUCAUAAAGGUCAAUCAAGCUGAGGCAGAAUUCUGGAGGAGGUCAGAGGGAUACAGAUUAGGCUGGAGUGAUGAGAUUCUGGGCUUUGAUUGUGGUGGCCAACAAUGGGUAUCAGAGACCUGUUUUCCUGCUGGAACCCUAGCUAAACCAAACAUGAAAGAUAUCCAAUACAUAGAAGAAGUGUUGCAGCUCAUUGAAAAGGAACAAGUGCCUGCACCUGCACCAAUAGAGCAGAGAUGGACAACUUCUAGUAAGAGCCUCAUGAGUCCAGCUUACAGCUCAGCAGAGGAUGAUAUUUUCUCAUGGGUUGGCAUAAUCAUGUAUCUUCCUACAACGGAUCCACGACAGAGAAAGGAGAUAACAGAGGAAUUUUUUCAUUAUAGGCAUAUGACCCAAACCCAGUUAUGGGAUCAGUAUUCAGCAUAUGAACACUGGGCAAAGAUUGAGGUACCAAAGGACAAAGAUGAGCUUGCAGCUCUACAAUCAAGGUUAAGGAAGCGAUUUCCUGUAGAUGCUUAUAAUAAAGCUCGAAGGGAAUUGGAUCCGAACAGUGUCCUUUCUAAUAAUAUGCUGGAGAAGUUGUUCCCCUUGGGAAAUCCAAUUUGAUCAGGUUCUCUUGGUCCAGUUUCUUAUUUUUGUAUCACUGUAGUGAAGGUCACAAUUUUUCUUUUGGAAAUUAUUAAAUUGGUUUGGUGUUCACCACCAAAAAAUGAUAUGAAGUCUGAAAAUAUGCUGCAUAAGAAACUCUGCAUCACAUACCAAAGCCUUUAUGAUUUAUAUCAAUAAUUCUUCAUUUUCCUUGGUUUA